UGUAUGGAGCACAAGCACUCAGAAAUAUUGAACUCAUAAAUGUACUCAUUUGCCCUGGAGUCACUGCGAGGGAGACUAAAUGCUGGACACUGCAAUGUCACCGUCAUGCAGAGUGUCUUCUGUAAUAACGGAGCUACAGCAGAAAGGCCAUAUUUUUCUUUCAUUUUACUGCAAAUCUGUAAGUGAGCUCUGGAAGGCUGCUAUCACUGACUAGAGGAGAAGUUGAACACUUGCUGGAUUGUGCAUUAGGUGGACAUCUUGUUAUUUUGAGGUUCUGAGCUUUUUUGGGGCACAGGUCUGAAGUGAUCCUCAUGUGAACUGUCCUUUUUGCCUCCUGUCUCUACCACAGCAUUGCACCCCGAAGUUCAACCAGCUCACCCUUCCAAUGUGAAGGUGAAGUGAAGCUGGACACAAACAUCCAAGGCAGGUGGCUGGCUCCCAUCUUGCAGCAAUAUUUGGAAAGACAAUUUCUUUAAGUAAUUGCAGCUGCAGAGAAGGAAACGAAAGUGUUUCUUUAAAUACUUUUCUUUCUCCCCUGCCCCCUGCAUGGCUGCAAGUGUCUAAAGACUCACUUCACUGCUUUUCUCAGAGAAGGCUAUUUCUGUCGCAUUGUAGAUCAAUUUAGGACUGUCCUAUGUACAGUAAAGAUAGGAUGGUUCUAUGGUACCUGAGUGAACUUACAGAUCUCAGACACUAAAAGUGUGAGGGAGAUUUCAUUGUCAUUGCCAAGGAGUCUGAGGGACUGCUGGCUGAAAUUAGGAAUUAUCAAGCAAAGAUAAAUUGUUUGAAUAAUAGUACAGAUCGCAAUGCAAGGGCUUUAACCAUUUCUUAGAAGCAUGCUUAUACACACAGCUGGACUUUGGGGAGCUUCCUUAACUUAAUGGGCUGUUUAAGUCCAAAGAAACAGCACAACAGCAUUAGAGCCACAGCUGCAUCCUGAACUCCUGUCACCGUUGUUCCCAAGCACAUCUGCUAAGUGUGUCUGAAAAAAAUCCAGAUCUUUGGCUCUCAUGCUGUGGCAGUUUCUGCUGCCUUGCUUGUGUAAUCCUCCUCUGCACUCUGUGGCAAACAUGAGUGAACUUCAAGUCAUCUCGAUGAGGGUGAACCAGGUGAGUGACAGAGUUGCACUCAGGUACUGUGAACAAUCAGCUCCCAGUGGUUCUUCAGAACUGGCUUUUCAGUCUCAUCGCCAAAUAGACCCAGACUGGCUUUCAAGUCAUAUUCAGUCUAGAUCUGGAAUGCAAGUUUGCCUCCCAUAGCCUGUAUUCUGCAACUGGGACAGUUGUGCAGAGCCCUUCCUUGCCUCACAGGUGCCAUCAUGUCUCUGGAAGAGCCUUGCAAAGUUCAUGUUAGUAGAAUAGCUUUUCUAUGCAGAGGGGCUGCCUCCUCUCACACCUUCCUGCUGGUGUGGCACUUGGUGAGUGGCAGCCAUUGGCACUGCAUAAAACCAGCUCAUCUGCAUGCUCGGUGCUUUAUGUGGCUGGCUGGAUUUCUCUUCCCUUUGUGGGGGGAUAGAAAGAAAUGAGUGUUUCCCCUUUGCCUGGUCUCUGCAUUUAGGUCGUCUGAAAUGGGGUAUGAUGACCAGGGGAGCCUCCUCCUCCCCUCACCUCUAGUCCUGUUCUCAUGCCUGCAACUAGCUCCAAGGUACACGGCUUUGCAAAGCACAUCGUAGCUCUUGUUGGUUCAGUCUGAGUUCAGUCACCCGCAACCUUGCAGGUCUAUUUUGAACCAUUAUUCAGUCUGUCCAGUAUGGGGUUUUGUAUGGAGUUUCUUUUCUUUCUUCUUUUUUUCUUUUUUUUUUUUUUCACCCUUGCUUCUGACAUCAUUUCCUGAACGCUAUAUUCACUGAGCUCUGUAGCCAGAUCGUCUUCUCUGCAUAUGAUGCACGGAGCUCUUUAAAAUGGAUUUCAACUCUCCUUUUAUUUUGCAGUGUUUGCUGGUGAUAACAACUGUUACUGCUGACCCUGCUACCACGAUUGGUGUGUUCAGCGGCAGCUCAGCAAAGUUUCCUGUAGGAGUUGAAAGCUUUCGGAAUGUCCAAAAAAUGACCUGGAAUAAUAAUAACUGUUCCACGACUGUGAAAAAUGAUGCUUUGUUGGCCAAGUGUCUCCCUUCUUUUGAGAGGUGGCUGAAACUGGAGAACGGCUCUCUAGUGCUGAGGAGCGUGGAGAAAGAGGAUGAAGGAACGUAUGAGUUUUUUUUCAAUGAUACCAAAGCACUCUUUACACUAAAAGUAUUUGAGCCGAUCAUUGGUGCACGGUGCUUCCCCAAUGGAACUGCAGACUUGACUUGCGACGUGGACAGCAAUGAGAGCAUGACAUUUGAGUGGCUGCUGAACAAUUCUCGGCUGAAUGCCCAUGAGGCUUGUAUUAAGGAUGGUGGGAAGAGAGUUCGCCUGGAGAAAACUGUGCCUGGGGAAUUUGUAUGUAAGGUUAAACACGAUCAUGGCUUCCUGAGGACCAGGCCCAUUGUGCUCUCCUGCAGCUAUGGAGACCUUCUGCAGUACCCGUGGUUCAUCUACAUCUUGGCAGGAUGUGCAGGGGCUGCGGCCAUCCUGGUGGCUGUUGUGUCCUCACUCAUCUGUUGCUGCAUGAGGAGGAAGCACAAGUUCCUCCCCGUUCCCUCAGAGGAAGAAAAGGAUGAUGGAAUAACAAUGUCGGUGGUGUCCAGUGAAGGCGUGAAAAGUCCCCCCAGUGGAGACCAUGUGGAGGCUCAAGCUGCCCAGAUUGACUGCCCUCCAAUGCCAGAUGCUGCCCGGAUUGAUUCCGGCACUGAGCCCCAGCCCAUGGUGGAAGAAAAUUUCCCAGUGGCAGCAGAGCCUGGGGAAAUGCCAGAUCAGGAGAUGAUAGCUGAUGUGGAAAGCCAAGAAAAUGCUUCAAACUGUUUCCCUGACCCAAUUGAUAACUGAUCUGAUACGCUCACUGUUCCACCCUGUCCUGAGUCCCGUGACACCCAUCCUUUGCAUCCCAUAGUCUUGCUGUAAGAAUUGGUCUGAAAAAUUUUAGCAGGGGGAAAACGCGAUGUGUCAGGCCUGCUAAGCUCAUUUACAGGGAAAAAAAAAGAUUACAUGUGUGGCUUCAGGACCUUGGGCUGGCAGGUUCAGUAGAAAAGUUGGGCAGCUCUCUGGUGCUUAGCUUGUUAGCAGACACGCAGUUACUCUGUAGAGCCCUAAGGACACCUGGCAUCAAAUGAGUGAUGCCUCCUGCUUUCUGCUCGCUCCAUGCCUCCCAUCUUUGCCAGCCAGAUGCCCCUUUAGGGGGCAGGUGGGACAGGUAGAUGUGGCAGCAUGCCAACCCCAGGAGGAACCAGGGAACCACCGGAGAUCUCCUGAGAAAGUCUCUGAUCAGGAGGCACUAGCACAGGGUGCCCAGAGAAGUUGUGGAUGCUCCAUCCUCAGAGGCCUUCAAGGCUGGGCUGGAUGGGGCCCUGGGCAGCCUGAGCUGUGUGGGCAACCCUAACCCCCCAGCAGGGCUUUAAGGUCCCUUCUAACCCAAGCCAUUUUGUGAUUCUAUAAUGUCAAAGCAUUUUCUCAUGGGCCCUGCAAGAAGUCUGAGUAAGGCUUCAGCAAAGUGUCUGCUACGCUAGGUGUUAAUCUGAACUGCUGCUCCAGACACCACCGGUAUCUUCAACCAGAGAGUAACUGCUCAGGGUGCCAGAGCUCCAGAAUCUCUGUUGCCACCUGUCUUGCCUUCAGCAGGAGAACGCCUGGGGCUUGGCCGCAUUCAUUUUGGCAGAAACAUUGAUUAUAACGCCGAGAUCGUUCAUCAGCGCAAGCAUUAUUGCCUUUAGUGUAACGGUUUAGCUACUCACCGCAAGCAGAGCCGGCCAUCUGCCGUGCGUGCCGGCUUCCUCAGCGCUGCGCUGCCUGCACACACAGCCGCAACCCGCAGUCCCUCCGGCAGCCCUUGCUGCAGUGUGCAUCUCGGUGCCGGGCGGGGGAGCCGGCGGGUCCCUGCGUGCCCUGGCCCCGUCCCUUCGUGCCUGCACACGGCAAGGCUGCGCACUGGUGCUGCCCCGCUGUGCUGCGCGUUGUUCGCUUGUUCUGCGACCGCUUCAAAGACUUCUGGAUCUCGUUUGCCGUGCUGGCAGUGAUUCAGCCCAGCUCUGCUUUUUAAGGAUGCUGUAGGAAUCCGAUUUUCCGUGGUAAGAGGGAGGUGAUGAUUUCUCUUAUGGUGCUGCGCUGUCUCCUUUCAGUGCCAACAUUCCCCAAAGGCCAUGAGCUGAGUGAGAGCUGGCUGACAAAGCGUGUGACUCAGGCCGUCUCCGCGAUGACACCUGCCGCUGGUUUCCUUUGCAGCCCUGCUCGAGAGGCCGUCCAACAGCAGCAGGUCAAAGUUGUGUGCUGCGGUGAGGUCGGGAGAAAAGUGCAGAGACUUCCUGUAACUCUGUGUGCUCGUGCCCAGCUAUUGUUCUUUUAUGGUUGGUUUUGUUGGUUUUGGUGUCUGGUCUUUUUAUUUUAUUUUAUUUUUUUCCUUUUUCCUUGCAAUGAUUUUGGUUUUUGUUCCUAAUAAAAAAGAUGUGUUUUCUAA